AUUGUCAUUGUCUCGGUGCAGCAGUCAAUCUCCUCCGUAUCAUACAAUGAAUGAACUGACUGGGUGUAGUGAGCAUGGCAGCUGUGAGUAAAACAGAACCGCUAUGUCAACCCUGUUUUUAUCAUGCAAAAUUCAAAGUGGAAGUCAACAUUAAGAAACCCUUGCAGCCCAUUCACCUGAGCAGUGAGCAGGUUGCCCUGGAGGUGCUGUCUCUGUGCUGCCAGCUUGAUCUGCUCAUUAGAGCUCAGGUACACCAGUUCCAGGAACAACUCAGACAUGACAUCAGUCCUAUUGAGUCAGAGGCUUUCCACAGGCAAGGUACAGAUAUUGUAGAAAGGAUGAACCAGUGUCUGGAGCAUCUACCAGAACCUUUACCACAGCUAGAGGAUUACCUGGAUGCGGUGGGCCUGUCUACCAUGUUUCCACGAGUUGAAGUCUUCAUUAUUCACGGAAGGCCUGUAGACAUGCUGGAGAGGCCAUCAAUGGAUGAUUACUUUCCUCACAUUGGGAAACUGAACCAGUUGCUUGUCUUGAGCCAACAGUUAGAAGAUGAUGUGCAGCAUCUGGGUAGCCACAAAUAUAUAGCCCACCAGCUGUCAGUGUUGUAUCAAGUUAUCAGUUCAUUUAAAGGUGUCCUGCCUUUAUCCGUUCUAAAAAGAGACAUUGAGGCAAACUUCAAGGCACUUAAAACGUCGCUGGUCAAAGAAGAUGCGUCCAAACAGGAGCCACAGUUACCUGCACAUUAUGUCAGCUGGAUACUCAAUGUGACUCGUAGUGUUAUAGCAUCUGUGUCUGCACUCCCAGAUGAGCUGACUGAAGACCUCACACCAGCAAUGUCAUUUGUUAGGAAUUUAACUUGAAAGCUGUCAGCAGCACCAAUUCAGGUGCUGCAGAUUUGUGCAAUUUCCAUCCUUUUGUAAAAAAAAAAACAAAAAAAAACAAAGUGCUACAGUGAUUUCAUUAAGGGGUUCUCAUAGGAUGGAAUCUGGGUAUAAGCAACUGUUUUAUGUAAUGUGUAUUUCUGCAUUAAAUGUUUAUUUAUGAAUGAUAUUUAAAAUUGGAUUGGGAAAAUUGAAGAUAGAGUACUGUGGGCUGGCUUGUUUACACUGGGGUAAACCACUUUAGAGGCAUGUCAUAUGCUUACAGUAACUUACAGGGAAUUUAUUGAGGGAAUACCAAGUCUAAAUCCAAGUAAGGUUUUACAGUAGAUCGUACUGGCAAUUAAGAUUUGUCACAGAUCACUUUGAACAUGCAAUCCUUCAUUGAUUAUUGAUUAGAUAACCAAUUUUAAAAUCAGCCUGUUGGGUCUAUUUGAAUGUUCUAAUACCGGCAUCCUAAAAAUGAUUAACCUCAUCUCAUUAACCUCAUGAUUAAGCUGAUCUCUUCUUCUGCAUUGCAUUGCACUCAUAUACUUUAACAUUCUACCACUACUAUUAAUAAGGUGAUUUGAUGUAAUAUUAUCCAGAUUAUUGUAGAUCAUUUUUAUGUUUCCACUCCCUACAUCUCUAAUGUCAAAAUGACACGAAGUGAGAGAGAUAGUUACUCAAGCGAUACGUGAAGCAAAACAAUUGAUGGACCAGGGCUCCAGUCCACUUUUUUAUGCCUUAUUCAUAGUAUAUAAAUAAAGUGUGCUUAAGGUAUUAGCUCAUUAAUCAGGAACAGGAGCAAAGAGCCUAGCACUCCUUGCUGUUAGUGGAAUUAUUGUUAGGACCACUUUGUUAAUUUUCAUCAUCAACAUAACAACAUAAUUAUUUUUUUCUUUCUCAGACAAAAAGCCAGAUAAAUAUUUUGGUCGAUAUAUAAAAUACAUAUGCAGGUUCAUUCAUAGUUUGUGCAACGUGGUUUUACAUAUGUUUUGUGAUGCUGACAAUGUUGUGAAUUAUGAAUCACUGUGUACAACUGAGAAAUGUAAAAAAUAGAACAAAACACUUUAAAAUCACACUUAUAAUUCAUGAAUCAAUGGAUUAAAAGUCAUGUAAUCAUCCAAAAACUUUCUGAACUUUCACCCAAUACCAGCAUCUGUAACUGGAGUUGAAUUUCUAUGCAUUUAUUUUUAUUUAUUUAAUAUAUUUAGUUAAAUAUGUACUUGUUUGAAUUAAUGCCCCAUUUCCAUCUGCCCUGUUAUACAGGGUCGUAAAAGUAGAUCUGCUCUCUAUAAUUCUGAAACUGGAUCUGAUCUUGUUCCACUAAUUCUGAAACUGGAUCUGAUCUUGUUCCACUAAUUCUGAAAUUGGAUCUGAUCUUGUUCCACUAAUUCUGAAAUUGGAUCUGAUCUUGUUCCUCCAAUCCUGAAAUUGGAUCUGCUCUUGUUCCACUAAUUCUGAAAUUGGAUCUGCUCUUGUUCCACUCUAAUUCUGAAACUCACUGUUAAACAAAAGUCAGAGGUCUGCUACAUGUAGAAAUAAAAAAGGCUGAUAUCGGCCCUGUGUUGUAUGUGACUUGUAACUGUUUUUUUUUUAAAUUGUACACACUCAGCAUUAGGCAGAAUCGAUUUGAUUUUUUUCUGCUAUUAAUGAAAAUAAACAAGACUGAUUUUCAAAUCGUUCUCAGUUUAGAGUUGAAAACAGGAUUGUUCAGAGAAGCACCUUUAUCAUUUACAGCAUUCACAAAAGUAAUUUGGCCAAAAUCCCUGCUGUCGUUUGACUCCCGCUAAAGGCAGUGAUCACAUUUUUUGGAGAAAAAGGCAAAUCGCAGACAGUGAAAGUGAAUGUUCAAUGUAUAUAGUCUGCACUGUAAGAAUUACUGUCUUUCAUUACAACAGUGAAAUUACACUUGUAUAUAUGUAUAUGUGUUACUCAGUUUUCUGGGGACCCCCUGGGCGACCACUGCACCGCCCAGGGGUCCUUGAUCCACUGAUCCAGUGUAAGAGAUAAAGAUUAAUUUUACUAAUAUUGUAAUUCUGGUAUAUAUUUUGCUCAAAAGAGACAACUGUUAUACCUAUGUUGCUUGGAGCUCCACAGUUGUAGGAAGCUGUCGUUUUUAAGAUGGUACAGUACUUUAGUACUCUGUGAUAGCAAUUAUUUUUUCUAACUGGUUUCACAGCCAUGUGUAGCAAUGCCUGUUUUCUUUGCUAUUGUUUCAUGGGCAAACACAACAUUAAAUAAUGGCUAUUUACUCAAUCUGUUGUUUUCAUCAAAGUUAUCUUGAUUAAUGUAUCAUAUUUAGACACAUUCUAUUGAGUUUUAGAAAUCGUGUUAAUAUGUGUUGUGUUCAGUUGUAUUUUUUGAAAGCUACUUAAUGUAUUUUUAGUUUUUACAUUUAAAACACAAUUAUCAUUGUUAAUAAG